GUUACAGGUUACCUUUCCUAAACAAAAACAUAUAACAAAGAUUUUUGAAAACAAAAACAAAAAAAAAAAAAAACAACAAACCACAUAUGGAUACAUUAAAUAAAUACAGAAACUAAACUAAACAACAAUAACAAAACAUAAACAAGAAUAAUAAAUAACAGAAUACGAAAAUAAUAAUAAUGGAUGCAGUUAAUGCUGUGGUGACACAACCAACAGCAUCAAGUGCCACAGUUUCAGCAAACACCACAACAACAGCAACAAUACCAUCAUCAACGUCUAAUGCUAUCAAUGUUAAUCAGAGCAAUAAUAAUAUACACUCACACACCAAUACACACAGUACGACGACAGCAACAACAAAUAAUAGCAACCAAAACAAUAGCAACAUUAGUAUAGGCGGCGGUGGUGGCGGUGUUAACAACAAUAGCAGCAACAGCAAUAGUAGCUGUAGUAGUAGCAGUACUAGUAGCAAUAGUAGUGGUUAUGGUAGCACAACAACAACACCCACCAAUAAUUAUGAUUUACAGCAACAAACAACACCCACAACAACACCAAUACCAACAACACCUGUAGCCAUAGCGGAGCCCAUAAUACCCGUAGCUACUGUAGCUGCUGUAACACCUUACUACAAUGAAUCCAUAACAAGCCACAAUUUAGAGACACAUCAACUACAACAACACCAUACCCUGCAUACGCAACAACAACAACAUUUGCAGCAUCAGCAGCAACAACAUCAUUUGCUGCAACCCCAACACCAUCAAUUGCCACAGAAUCAUUUACAAACGAAUCUACAGCAACAGCAAUAUUUAUCUAGACAACAAUAUUAUUCAACGUAUGAUUAUCAGCAAGCUGUAACACCAACACAUAAUUUAUCUACUGGCCCCUCCUCCUCCUCCUCUUCAACACCGGCCUACAACUUGGGUAUAGCAAGUCCAUAUGAUAUAACAGCUUCGCCAUAUGGUUCAGGGCAAUAUAAAACUUCAGGUUUAACAGGAUCUCUAAAUUACGAGAGAGGCUCAACAGCCAGAACGAAUGUUGCAAGUUAUAAUCCCCAGCAGCAGCAACAACAACAAACUGAACAGCAUCCAACCAAGACCAUAAACCAACAGACCCAACCCUUUCCCGCAGUAUUGUCUACAUCAAAACAAAGAACUUCCUCUUUAAUAGGCAAUUCUACAAGUACCAACACUUCUAAACCUCAAGCUGCUGCCACACCCUUCUAUGCCCAGCCUUUGGCUCCUCAGUCCCAUUCUAAUCCCACCACAUUUUAUGACAAUACCAAAUAUAAAAUGCCUUUAGAUUAUCAUGACUCCUACGGUAAUCCCUCAGCUGCUGCCACGGCCUCAGUCUAUCAUCAACAGCAAAAGUAUUAUGCGGCCGCCAAAUCACAACUUAAAGAAGCCGGCUAUGGAACGCCGCCAGGUUUAGCAAAUAGCAAAUCUGUAUAUCCCAAUACGGGUAAUUAUUUUCCAACACCGGCGCCCUCCUAUGACAAAUAUAUGUAUCCCCAUAACGCUGCCACAGGUUAUACGUCUAGCACCGGACACUUGGGCAAUGAAACACCACCUGAAGUCGGAAACUAUCGUAAACCGGUGGGAGCAAAUACUAUAAAUUCUCCCUCUUGGCCUUGGGGUAUAGAUUAUGCCUCAGGCAAUAGUCGUACUAUACCCCCACCGCCACCUACCAAUCACUUGCCAACUGCUACGGUGGCUCCCACCCAUGCCACCUAUUUGACACCGAAUCCCUCAGCCUUGGCACGUGAUCCCUACUAUAUGGGUCCUGAGAAAUAUCCCAUGAAAUAUGACAAAUAUGCUGCUGCCUCCUAUCAACAGUCGUAUGUUAGUCCGCCCGGCUCUAGACAUCAUAUAUGGCCGAAUACACCUCAUGGCUCUAAUCUAACACAACCAAAUGAAAGACAUAUGUUGGCCUCUGGUCCCACAGCCCCUGCCUCCUCACAUGGUCUACACGGCGCUCCCUAUUUUCCUGCCAAUCCUAACAACGGCUUAAAUAGUCGACAAUCCUGUUGUCCUCAACCAUAUCAGCCGCAAAAUUGCUACUAUCCUCCCUCUCAUGCUAUACCACCACGAUUAACACACAAUCAAACGCCCAUGGCGAACGCUCCGUCAAGUGCAUACUUGUCCUCUCAAACAUCACUGGGACAAUCUCCACAUUUGAAUGCUUUAUCAGCCAGCUGUAAAUAUGGCGGCAUAAUUCCCGACUAUGGCAACGGUAAUAAAAUCAAAAAUUCUAAUGAUCUCUAUUUAAACGCUCAUCACUAUGAUACAAAUACUUCACCGCACAAUUAUGGCUAUGGAACGGCAACAGCUCACAGCAACCAGCAGUUAUAUGCCAGUAAUGCUCAUCAAUCUAUGGCUCAUGGUAUUACGCCCUCAUCACUACUAACACAUGAUCCUCUUAACGCUAAUCCAGCGUCUUAUACCAAUGAUCUCAGUUUAACGACAAGCAAUUUUGAUAAUUAUCACACACACCUGGACACUCAUCUAAGUCCGCCGACAUUGGCUGGAAUACACAGUCAACAGCCACCGCCCGCUUACGGGCCCACGGUAGCAAAACGUGCCUUAUUGGAUUAUCGUAAACCCAUACAACCACAACCCCCACCUACAAUUGCCGAAGAGUGUUAUACGACUCUAUCAUCUAGGGACCAUUACAAUCAACAGGAGCUGUUGAAUACCCCAGAGACCACUACAACAUUUGGCGAAUAUGAAACUCAUCAAAAUAAUGCCGCCAGUCUGACGUCUUUUACACAUUCCACAGAAGUUCUACAAGAAGCGGAUAAGACUAAUGAUGAAGGUAAUAAGAAUUUAAGUUUACGUGAUUUCAUUGCCAAUUGGAAUGAUGACGAAGAUGAAUACCAAAAUGCAGAAGAACUUAACUUUGACCAGAACAAUGUCAUUGAUGAAGUUUUGCAAACGGCUCCAGUUGAACAGGAAACUGCAGCUGCAACAGUUGAUAUACAAAAAUCAGAAAUAAUUAAAACUUCAACAGAUGAAUCCAAAAAUAAGGCAGAAUCGAAAGUAAACCACAAGCCACAGGAAAAUCUCGAUAACACAACAUUAAAUGAAUCCUAUGUCAACUUGCCUGAUAUUGUAAUAGAUAUUGAAAAAUCGAAUAAUGUUAAUAACUCGAUAACAACACCUACAACUAGUCCUGCACCUAAUACAACACCAAAAGAUAAUAACACUUCGCUAAAUCUCAAUAAUUUUGAUGUUGAAAAGGAGCUCGAUGAACUUAAACUCAAAAAACCCACACAGCAACAGGAUACAACCAAAGAUUUAAAUGAUAUUAAAGAUACCAAUAGCGUCAGUACACCACAGAUAAGUCCGUGCAAAAAUCUAACCACCCAACUAAGUUUUGAAGAUUUAAAUUUGGAACCAACAAACAAAACCGUCCUUAAUGGCGAACAAAGUUCGGAGUUAACAGAAAACUAUUUCAAAGACAUGGAAGGCUAUGAAAGUGGUAGCAGUCGUCAUUCAAAUGAAUCGGCUUUUGAAAAAGAAUACGAAACCUUUAUCAAUAAAAUCACCAGCGAACCGAUUAAAACUAAAAGUUUAGAAGAACAAGCGACAGAAAUCGAUUUCGAACAGAAUGUACAAGAUUUUUCAAAGUUCUAUAAACGUAAACGCAAACUAAAAGAAGAUGAACUUAAGGCCCACGAACCAGAGGCACAAAAUCAAAAGAAAUUGAAACCUAAUAAGGCCAAUAAAGUUAACAUUAAUUCAAAUUUUCCCCAGGUCUAUACGAAAAAGUCAAGAAAUAGAUGGCCCAAAGGCAAACCGCAAAUUUUACAUAAACGUAAACCUUUGUCGUUAUAUUACAAGAUCAUACAUUCCAUAAGACGUUUCGGUUUAUAUCGCUUACGCAGAGUACGCGAAUAUAUGUCAGAGUUAAAAGAGAAACAUUUACCUCUAAUCAAAAGACAAUCCAUUAAGAAUUAUACACACGAUAAACCCGAGAAUUUAACUAAUCCGAAAACUUUAAAAGCUUUAUGCAUAAUAGCAAUUAAUAGUGAAGAAUUUCGUCAAAUGUUAAUGUUAACGUUAGCGGUGGAUUGUGGAGAGUGCAGCUUAGAAAACGAGGACAAACAUAUAUGCACUGAUCCGUCAUGUGAAACUUGUGAAGUUAUAAAAAGUUUAAUGGAAGCGGAAGGAAGUUUUGAGGACACUUUAGUGCAACAAGUUACCGAACCUAUCACUGAAAGCGUUCUUAUUUUAAGUGAAGACGUUAACAGUGAAACACUGGAAAUUUUAGAAAAUGUCAUUUACUUAAAAGAUGAACAUAAAAUGAUCUCAAAUGAUAUUGAAAAUGUUCAAUAUUCCAAAGAAAAUACCACGUUGUUAGAUGCCCAAGUUCUGGAGCAAUGCAACUUAAAUCCGGCAGACUCUUAUUUUGAAACUCAAUCGGAUUCCCAUUAUGAAAGUAAUAUCGAAAAAUCUGUUACAGAAUUUGAUUUAAAAAACUGGUAUGAAAAAUCAAAAUCACCGGAACAAGACUUAUCAGCCAAAGAAAAUUCAGACAUGUUUGUCUCUGAAGCAGCAAUAACUGAAUCGGAUCAAGCUAUUCCCUUAAGUCCUGAAACAAAAAAAGAAACUUCUGAAAUUCCACUACAACUUGAAUCUGAACAAGACAACCUUGCAAAAGUUGAAAGUGAACCAGACGAUGUUAAACAAAAUAAACCAGAAGAAUCCCAUCCCGAUUCCCCAACUGAAUUAUGUGAAGAUGAAAAUUCAAAUAUAUCCAAUGCUACAACAACUAAGAAAACUUCAACUGAAGUUAAAAAGAUCUCAAAAUCGAUUACAAAAGACGACAGUGAUAGUGAGGAAUCUGAUUCCAGUGAAUCUGAUUCUGACAGCAGUUCAUCUAGUUCGGAUGAUGAAUCGGAGUCGGAGGAGAGCAAAGAGUCAAGCAAGAAGUCUAAUGCUAAGGAUAUUGACAGUGAUACCGAUUCAGAAAGUGAUUUAGAAAAUGAUGAUGAAAACUUGAAUUCCGAUACUGAAGAAUCAAAUCAUUCGAAAAUUAACGAUUUGGAAAAACAUAACUCAGACUGCAAAAAACAUCAAAAGUUUGCUGACUCCUUCAAGAAUGUGAAUUCCGAAAGUGAAAACCUGAAUUCCGAUAGAGAUGAAUCAAAUCAUUCGAAUAUGCCUGAUCUAGAGAAAAACAAAUCAGAUAAUAAUGAAUGUGAGAAGUCAAACGAUUUAUUCAAGAAAGAAUCGGAAAAUGUCCAUCCUACACCUAGAAAAUCACCUACAAAAUCCAUUAGUGAUGUCGAAGAUGAAAUCACCCCAAAAAGACAACAACGUAUUGUUUUACGUAUUAAGAAAUCUUUUCAACCCAGUCCAGAUAACAACGAUUCUAGAGAAAUAUAUGUUUCGGAGAAAUCUAUAGAAUUUGAUAGUCAAACAGAAAGUGAAACUGAAGAUGAUGAUAUAGUAUCAACGACUUCAAAAUCAAGUCAAAAACUAAAAGAUUCUUUCGAUGAUCAAAACUCUAAUAAAUCACUAUCGCCGAAUAAAGAAUUUGAAAAUCAUUCGGAAAGUGAAUCUGAAGAUGACAAUAUUUCGGAAAAUGAAUUCAAUCAAAUAACAAAACGUCCAAAACGAGAAACAAUAACCGAAAAAUCUAUGAAAUCUCAAAAAGAAUUGGGUAAUCAGACAGAAAGUGAAUCUGAUGAUGAAGAUGAUGAUGUUACGGAGAAAGAACGUCAAAGUCCUUUUACAAGUUCAAAACAAAAUGCGUUUGUAGACCAUCAAAGUGAAUCUGAAGAUGAUGAAAUACCGGAGAAAAAAUCAAAACUUAUGGCAAAAUCUCCAACUCAUAAACAUUAUAACAUAUCAAAUGCUUCUGAAGACUUAAAAGUUCAAAUGGAAAGUGUUCCUAAAGUACAUAACAUUUUAAAUAGAACGUCCGUUAUUAUUUCAACGUCUCUUAUAUUAAGCCCACAGCAAGAUUAUCAUAAUUCUGAAGAGGUCACAAAUCAUUUUACCGAAAAUCAAGUAGAAAAAGAAAUCGAGAAACGUGACGAUGUUAUAUCAAUUAAGGAAACAAAAUUAAGCUCAAAGCAAGAUGAUUUGAAAAACUCUUCCGAACCGAGUAAUGAACCAGUUAGACUUAGUUUAGAAAAUGAAAUCACAGACUUAAUUCCAACAUCCCAAGAUCUUUUAAAUGAAGAGAAAUCUGCAGAUUUGUUGGCAGAAACUUCAAAAUUAAGUCCACAGCUGGAGAGUUCAAAAGAUAUAGUUGCAAAUGUGAAAUUUACGGAACAUCGUGCUAUAUUUGAUGAGCAGAUCACGCAAAAUAAAUCUAAGUUUAAUCGAAAAGAAGAAUCUUCAUAUAUUGAAGACGAUAUUCCAGCAGAAAGUAAAUCUGAAGAUGAUACAGACGAAGAGGAGAAAGAGAAUUUCGAAGAACCAAUCAAAAAAGAUGCAGAUCAUAAAAAGGUUCAAUCAGAAUCGGAAAGUAGUUCUGAUUCAGAGUAUGAUUCCGAGGACGAGGAAAAUCCCAAAGAUUCAAUGCCAAUUGUGAUAUCUGAUGAUGAAUCUAUGGAUAAAACAAGUGCUAAUGAUAAUCAUCAUCAACCCAUCAAAUGUAUUAGCAAAACGUCUGAAGAUUCUUUUCAACAAAGUGAUUCGUCCGGGUCAUUGCAUGAUUAUGAUGAAGAUUCUCUAGAUUUUAUUAGCGAAAUCCAUUCGAAUUUGUCAAGCAAUAUAGUAAAUUCCUCUAAGAUGUCGAAAUCAGCCAGCAAAGAUGAAAUAUUGCCAGCUACACAAACUCUGAUUACGUCGGAAAAUAUCAUUAAAAUUGCUAAAAUCUUGGAAGAAAAAGACAUUUCGAAUAAUACAAUACAAAGUGAUUCAGAUAUCAAACGUUCUAAGGAAAAUCUGACUUUAGAAUCAGUUGAAAACUUAGAAGAAAAACAAGUUUCAAACAAUACAAAUCAGAGUGAUGGAAAACUUUCUGCAGAUAUUAGAGACCCUAAAGAAAAUCUGUCAAUGGAAUUGCUUCAUUCGGUUAAUUUGAAAGAUAAUGAUGAAUCAAAUAAUUCAAAUGAAAUUCCAAAAGAAUCAUCUUCAAAUGUAAAUAGUUCAGAAGAUCUUUUACCAUUGGAUUCAGUAACAAUCAAGGAAACUCAAAAUAUUGAAAGUGAAACCUCUUCCGAAAAAAGUUUAUUGGAAUAUUCUAGUACUUCAGAUGACUCAGAUGAGAAAAACGAUGAUGAAUUAUCAACUAAAGAUGAUAACGAAACAGAAAAAAUUCCAGAAAUUACCUUAGACAAGAAAGACCAAAAAUCAGACGAAGAAGUCGAAAGUCAGACUAAUACCGAAAAAAGUUUAUCGGAAUAUUCUAGUACUUCAGAUGACUCAGAUGAGGAAAUCGAUGAUAAAUUAUCAACUAAUGAAGAUAAUGAAACAGAAAAAGUUCCAGAAAUUACCUUAGACAAGAAAGACAAAAAAUCAGACGAAGAAGUCGAAGAUAUAUUUUCCAUCGAAGAAGAUAAGCAAACAGAAGAAGACAUUCAAAUAUCUGAAGAUAAUAAAGAGCAAAAGUCUAUAAGCUCCGAGAGCAUUUCAAAUGAUUUUAAAUGUAACGAAAAUGUGAUCGCUCCUUUAAACUGUUUAAACUCUAAUCCAUCACAAGUUAAUGAUGAAAAUAAACUAUUACAUGAAUCGGAAGCAUCAAGUAAAGAUCCAGAUACUUUUGAACAGAAUAACAAAACUUUGGAUAUACUUUCCAUCCAAACUGUUCCAAAAGAAACUGUAAAUGUAUUGGUCGAGAAUAAUCCUUCAAGAAUUAGUGAAAAUUUAGAAAUUUUGGCCGAUGUUAUUGUAAAUCAAAUUAGUGCAGAGCAUGUAAUUCAAACGAAAAUGGUGGAAUCAGAAACUGAUCCUAAGCCCACAGAAAAUGAAAAACCACAUACCCAAAAUUACGGCGAAAGUUUGACAUCAGAAAUAAAUGAUUCUAUUCAACAGCCUGAAGCUAAAGAAUCUGAAAUUAUUGUCAAAUCUAUAAUUAAGGAACGAACUGAAAAUAGGAGCUACGAACCCAAUUUGGAAAAGAUGCAUAGAGAAACAUCAAAUACUUUUAAUACAACUUGCUGUGACGAACAAUUUACAGAAAUAAAAGAUUCGAUUCAUCAAUUGGAAGCCAAAGAAUGUGAAAUUAAUUCCAAAUCUAUAAUUGUGGAACCAUCUGAAGCUAUUACAUAUUCCGAUGAAAUGUGUGACGCCUCCAAUUUGGAAAAAGUACAUAGAGAAACAUCGGAUACUUUUGACGCAACUUGCAGUAAUGAACAGUCUACCGCAGAAAUCGAAACCGACGAACAAAACAUUUCUGGAACAAAGACUGCAGAAUUUGAUAAAGAUGAAAGCGAUGCUAUUGUGGAAGAGGCAAAGCCUGUUUCAAAAAGGUUUAAGGAAAAUUCAGAAUCUUUAGCAGAUCGUAACAAUGAAAGAACUAAUUACUUAAAAGAAACAUUCAGUUCAGAUGAUUUAAAUACUGAAAUCGAAACUGAAAACUCCGAAACGGUUGUAGAAGCAGUAACUGUACAGUCCGAAUCUUUAGAAAAGGAAAAUACUGCAGAAAUUCUGAAAGAAACAAGUAAUUCAUUGAAAAAUGCAUCUGAACAAUCAGAUGUUACAUUGGAUCCAAUAAUUAGAGAACCAAAUAACAUUCCAUUCCAUGAAUCUAUUAAAGAAAAUGCUGAAGUUAUUUCACACCCCAAAACAAAAGAAUCAGAUUUAAUUUCACCACAUCAAAUAUUUGAAGUCUCAAAUGAUAUUCAAUCACCAAAAGUGAUCACGGAAAGGUCGGAAAUUACCUCAAAUAUGGAAACUAAAGUAACAGAGAUUGUUUCAAAACAAAUACCUAAUGUUUCAGAUACUUUGGAUUAUUCAAAUAAGCAACUAAAUGAAAAUUCCGGUAAUACAUGUGAACUCAGUAAAAAUAAAGAAGAGACAACUCAUACUCUUUCCAAAUCUGUUGAUGAGGACAUUGCAGAGUCUUUGGAAGAAAAAAGUGCUGAAAAGGAAACUGAAUUAGCUACAACUUUUUCAGAAUCUAUAACUAAAAAUCCCGAUUUACAAGAAGAAUCUAAUAAACAAACUUCGGAAGUUCUAGAAGAAAUAUAUGAAGAAACUAAAAAAAUACCGAACACCUGGGAUGAUACAGAUAUUUUCAAAGAAGUCAGUCAAGAAUGUUUAGAAUCGAUUAAAGAAACAUUAGAUCAAAAAGAAUCAAAUGGUGAUGAUAUUACUAUCAAAGAAUCAGUGCUGAAUCUGGUAACAGAGAUAUCAGAAAUUCCAAAAGAUAAUGAAACUAAAUCGGAAGCAAUAAUCAAACAAAAUGAAAAUAUAGUAGCGGUAUCAGAGGCGUCCAAAUUCCCCGAGGAAAAUGAAACUAUAUCGGAAGCAAUAAUCCAACCAAAUUUGGAAGAGAAAACUGCAAGUUUGGAAAAACCUAAAAGUGAAAAUAACGAAAUUGAAACAACAACUGAAAGUUAUAAGUCUACUACUGAUAUUUGUCAAACGAAAUCCGAAGCUUUAGUUCUAAAACCAAAGAGACUGAUUGAAAAUGAGAAUCAAACUUCUGAGUAUUAUGAAGAAUCUGAUUCUGUUCAUGCAAGUCCCACGAAUGCAGAAGCUUUCAUUGAAAACACUAAUAACUUGAUUAAAACUUCUAAUGAAGAACGUGUUCACCAACAUCUAACUACAACCGAUGAUGUAACCUCAAACGAAGAGGAAGAAUCUAUGGCGCUGCAAGAAGAUCUAGGAAAGUCUGAGGUAGUUGAGCAACUAAAUAAUUUGGUAGAAGAUAAAUUGGAAACUUUUGAAGUUGAUGAUGAAGAAUCAAAAGUUCAACAGAAAGAAUGUAGUCCAGUUGAAGACUCGAAUGAAAACAUGCCAACGAAUGAAAAAGAAACUGAAGUUAUUUCUGGAUUUCAAGAAGAAUUGAAGGCAUUAAAUAGUCAGACAGAUGAAAAACUUACAGUUGAACGUCAAAUCAAAACUUUACAUGAAAAUAUAGUAGACAACAACAUCACGCAAGAAGUCAAUAAAACUCCAAAUAGCAUUGAUCAGGAAACUGGUUCCAUCCAAAUAACUCAACCUAAAGAUGGUGAGUUGCCAAGCAAAAACUAUAAACAAGAAGUUAAUAAAACUCCAGAAAGCUUUGAUCAGGAAACCGGAUUCAACCAAGCAGUUAAACCUAAAGAUGAUAAGUUUCCCAACAAAGACUAUAAAGCCGACGAGGAUCCAAAAGUUGAACACCAAACCGAAACUUUAGAACGUAUUCCUAACCAAACAACUCUACCUAAAGAUGAUAAGUUACCAACCAACAAACAUCAAACAGAGGAUGUUGUACAACAAACCGAAACUUUAGAACAUAUUCCUAAUAGUAGUUUAAGUGAAACUGUUUUAACUAAAGACAACCAAGAAGAUAUAUCCAAAGACUUUUUAGGUUUCAAAAAUCAAUCAAGUUUUGAAGAUGAAUCUGAGGAUUUUCAUGGUUUCGAAGAUCUCGAAGAAGUCGCAAGAAUACGACAAGAAAUAGAAAAUCUAAAUGAUGAUUCAACCGCCAAUGAUGGAUUCUUAAAUUACGGUACAUUAAGCAGAGAGCUGCAUAAAACAUCAACUACAUCAUUAACGGGAAGCACUUCGUCGGAAAUCAAUGAAUUAGAAGCUUUAGAGAAAGAAUUAUCACAACAUCAGCCGGAGAUGGAGGGAGACGACGAAGAAGAGGAUAAACAGACUGAACAAGAUGUGCAAAUAGCAACUGAUAAAGUUGUAUCAACAAACGAUAUAGAACAUAUCAAACAAAUGCUGGAAAGCGAUGAGGAGCAACAGGAACAGGAAGAAAAUGGAAAAACUGAAGUCGACAAGGAUGGAGUGCAAUCAACGAGGGACGAUACAAAUAAAGAUAAGUCAAAGUAUAUAUUAAGUUCUGUAAAUUCUAUAAUACCAAAGUUAAGUGACCUUUGUAGGGCUGCCUUAAAUAGUUCCUUGAAUUCUAAUAGUAAUUUAGCACAAGACACAACUGAAACGUCCACCAUCCUAGUGGAACGUGAAUUAAGUGUAGAAGAAGCUUUAGCUGAAAUGUAUCGCCAGGCGGGUGUAUUAUUAUCCGAUCCCGAGGAUUGUGAUAAUGAUAUUUCUCCAUCCGGCGAUGAGGAAGCUCAUGAUGUCUUACUGAUUAACUUACAAGAAAUUUUAAAUAGUGAUAAUAAUGAUGUUUAUGUUUUACAAUGUGAUAUGAAUGAAAAUGUUUUGAAUGUCGUACAGCAAACAAAUGAGGAACGAAAUGAACAAGAACCACCAGUUAGCCAUGACAUGGAAGUUAAUGUAAAUGCGGAAAGAGUAAAUAGAGUACAAUUUAUCGGUAUUUUAGAUACGCAAAGUACAGAACCACAAAUACACAUAAUUAGUUCCGAUUCCGAAAGUGAGGUUAUCAUACUGAGCGAUGAUGAAUCCGAUAACAGUUAUAGACCUUUUCUUGCCCGACCAGAACGUAUAACAAUACCCUUUAUCAAUGAUGGUAAUGAUGAUAUCAAUAAUAUGGACAGUUUAUCCGAUAUAUCAACUAUACAUCAUGAAGAAAUAGUACCUGAUAAUUUAAAUAAAUUCUUACAAGAAGAAUUCUAUAAAUAUUUACACGAGAAAUAUGUACAAAGAAAUAUAUCAAAAUAUUAUCAUGCCAAUCGGGUGUUGAAAAAAUAUCGCAAAAGAUAUAUUAAGUCUAAGAGGCAAUAGAGUUAGAAUUUUGGAAGUCUAAAAGAGGGCAGAUUUAAUGUAUGGACUCGGCAUGGAAUAUGAAAUUUCUUUAGGAUAUUUCAUAGAUCAAUCUAUGGUAUUUUCUAUAGUCUAGUUUGUAGUCAAGUUUAGAGUCUAGUGACUAGACUAUAACACAGAUCGGACUACCGAUCCGACUACUAAUCACAAUAUGGACUAUAACAGAGACAAGAUUACAGCUCCGACUGUAGAUCAGAAUAUAAUAUAGUCUACACUAUAGACCAGAUAACACAUUAGACUACCGAUCAGAUUACCUAGAUAAUAGACUAGAAUAUUAAAUACUAUAAAAUAGAUUAUAAUCUAGAAUUUCUACUAGACUAUUGACUAGAUUAGACUAUUAACUAAUCUAUAGUUUAAAUU